GCCUCUCUGUACGAAGAGGUCUAAGCGGCGGCCCCCGCAGGCCAGGCUUCCAUUGCCCUUUGGCUUCUCUGCCUCGGAAACAUGAAGGCCCGUGUGAGCCUCAGGCGGCUUCUCGCCUCAAACAGGCGUUGCCACAAAUCCCGCCCCCUCCGCUUUCAUUGCCUUGAUUCUUCCACUUCCUGCUCCGGGUCACGAGCUUCCGGGGAGCGGGAAGACUCAAGAAGCGGCAACCAGCCUGCCGCUCGCCUCCGAGAUGGACAAGUCGGCUCCUUUGACAGAGUACGCGAGGGGAGAGGAGCGGGGGAGGGGAGGCCCGGCGAGAGGUGUUCUCUCUGCCUGGGGCGGGCGGGCGGGAGGGAGGGGGGAGCCUGCAGCGAGCGUGGGCUUUGUCCGCGUGCGCGUCCGUUGGCCGGGUGGGAGGGAGGGAGGGAGGGAGAGCCGUUAGCUGAGCCUCGCGCGCCAGCUGAUAGGCGCUCGGAAGGUUGCCAGGCAACGGAGCGGCCUGCCCAGCCCAGCCCUACUGUUUCCCACAGUGGACAUGAGGGCAAUAUUGGGCAGCCUCCCGGAGCUGCCCUUUGUCAUAAAUACAGCCGUCCCCCUUCUGAUAGCCUUGUUCUCAAUGAAGCUGCCUAAUCUCCUCUUGAGAGCGCUCCAAACUAAUGGUCAACCACCACGUCCUGUGGCAGUGAGUCCCACAGUUCCACUUUUCAUCCGUUCGCAUAUGCUCAUUUGGUGGUUUUAAGGUGGGGCGCUUGGGAUGAGGGGCUCCCGCAAAGUCAGGUUGUUAGAAAUCCCACUAAACCUCCGUGGCUUAGGGAACCCCCCCUCUCCCCAAUAUCUCUUGGACUACUUCCUCUUCCAUCAAGGUGCUUGAAAUAUUGGAAGCUUUCUCUGGCUGUCCUACUUUCUGAAGUGCUGCAGGUAGAUGACUAGGCCAUUUCAGUGGUGGCUCCUUGCCUUCCUUAGGCAGGUUUGCCUGGCGGUCUUGUUGGUAUCAUUUAGGUGUCUGGCCAAAUUAAAUUUUUUAGUCAACGUCCAUUUGAGUUUUACUAUCUGAUUAGACUGUUGCUUUUAGGUUAUAUGAUGUUAUGUGUUAUAUUAUGACCUCGUGUCUUUUGUAACCCACCCUGGUGUGGCAACAUUUAGGUUGAAGGAGCUAAAUAACCACAUUCUCUCAUGACACUUAAGCACACUUUACCAAGGCAAACUCCCACCACCUAUCCUUAACUUCACAGACCAAGUUAAAUGGAGCCUCCUGGCCAUCAGGUGCUGGAGGUGACUUGCUACCUUUCUGUAGCAUUUGGCUGGCCAUUGCUCCGGUGCUGGAUUAGACGUAGAAGAGACACCACAAAAUUAGUUCAAGUUAGAGAGGUGGGGUCUAAAUCUCAAAAAUUAUUUUUCCAUCCAAAAAUUACCCAUUCCUUUGAUAGGAGGCAAAGUUUUUCCGUGCUUCAAAUUGCUUUUCUUCCUCCCCGCAAUUUCCCAUGUUUGCAGAGAGAAAAGGAAAAACAUAUUUUUUUAUCAGUGUCACAAAACCAUGUUGCAUUCUUCACAGAACACAUAAUUAAUUAAUUGCUGCAAGGUGCAGUGAAGCCCACAACCUAAAGAUUGAUUUUAAAAAAAAAAGACUUUAUCCAUGAAUUUGUCUAUCACCAUAUUUUAGCCAUUAAAGGUAAGUAGAAAAUCCAGGUUUAGUGGAUGUAUGCCUCUGAAUGCAAGAUGAUUCUGUGGAAAAUAACAGUGAAAACCAUCAUCUUCACGCCCAGCUUGUGAGCCUCCAGAGGCAUUUGGUUGGCAGCUAUUGGGAAAAGAAUGCUAGUAAUCUGUAUAGGAAAAGUGAAUACUGAGAUUGGUGAAUACUGAUGUAUUUCAAAGAUGUUCAAAGAUGGCAGAAAUUAUCUAAUGUGCAAGUAGAGCCUUCUUUUCUUUUCAGCAUCUGAUUCUGUUGAAGAUUAUUAUAAUUAGCUGACUGCUAGAAUUUUGCUGUUGAGGAUAUUUCUUUAUUAGAUGUAAAGUUUCAGAUUUCACACAUGCAGAUCAGGUAUUGUAAAACAAUUUCAUUCAAUUAUUUUUGGAAGUGUCUCUUGUUUCAAAUUAUAAUAUGAAAUUUUAGGUUCACUUUAAACUUUUAUUAUUUAGAAGUAAUUAAAAUAAAAUAACAUUGUUGUUGUUUAGUCGAUUAGUCGUGUCCAACUCUUCGUGACCCCACGGACCAGAGCACACCAGUAACUCCUGUCUUCCACUGCCUCCCGCAGUUUGGUCAGACUCAAGUUGGUAGCUUCAAUAACAUUAGAUGUUUGUAUUCUUUUCAGGAAUGAUUUUCAAAAUAUGCCUACUCCACAAGAAGCAACUCGGCCAGUUCGGAAGCAGAGUUCUAAAAAAAAAGUUUCUAGUAUCCUUUUCCUUUGGUUUUACCUAAAAGCAUAUUCAUAUGGUUUGUGAGCUAGACAUUAUUUCUUUAAAUGAUAAUGUCUUUUUUAUAUAAAGAAAGGUUAAUUCAGGACAGUGCAGAGUAACAUAAUUUAUUUUCUGUUACACAUAGUAAUAUAGUUUAAUAUGAUUUUGACCAUUAUUUUGCUUCAUGAUUUGUUACUUUUUGUGACAAAUAUGUAGUAAGACCAGGCGAAAAACACUUUAAGAUUUGAAGCUAUUAAAAUUCACACCCAAAGUGAGUAUCAGCUUCAGAAAAUGAGAUAUUUCUCAGAACUGCAGCAGGAGUGGGAAAGGUAACAUUUACCCACAUAUGCUUGUUCUGAUCCUGUUAAUUGUCAGCAUAUCCUCCACCUGAUUCAAUUUGCGUUUGUAGAAAAACUGCGCUUAAGCAAUAGGCUUCCUGGGAAAGAUGGAAUUUGAAGGAAUAAUGACAUAGACUGUGUUUACCAGAACUUAAGAUGGCCAGGGACACCUGCAAACUGAGGCAGAACUUUAAAGCUUCUUUUCUUAGCUUGAUUCUAUUUUCUUAGUCCUUGCUUCUCUGGAUGACAGUUCAAGUGGCAUGACAACAAGAGGACUGACAGUCCCCAGGACUCCAGGACUGGGGCGGCUUUCACGCUCCUGUAAGAUCUUUUAUACCUAUUGCCUUAUUUGAUGUACACUUUAGUGCUUUAAAUUUACUAUACUUCUAAGUGUUUACGUCCACUAUUCCUUCCACUCCUAAAUAGUUUAGUUAAAAUUAAUUAAAUUUUUGUACUAAGCACAAUACUGGUUUUCUGUAAGAGGGUGAAGUCUUAUUCACUAUUUCAUCUCUCUGCUGAGUUGAAUAAUGUAUUAGUUCCAGCAAGGGGCUACCCCACCCCUCGCCAUGUCUUGCUCCUGUUCCUGUUAAAAAAAAUAAUUAAAAACAAUUUUUCUCCAGUUACUCCACAGAGUCGGAGUUCCAUGAAUCAACUGAAUAUGUCUACCAUCAUGGGCACAGGAGGAAAAUCUCCUUAUCUUGUGCAUACUCCUGGGCACCUUGGAAAUGUGUCUAUGGUAAGAACAUGCAAAGUACAAAUGAGCAGCAUUUAGAGUCUUUCACCCAUCAUAGGGUACUUUUGCAACAUUUAACAGCCAAAUUCCAAUUCUGCAGUUCUGAGUCGUAUGAAAUCUUGUGCAUGUUUAUUCAGAAGUAAGUCCCACUGUACUGAGUGAGGUGUACUCCCAAGUAGUGUACAUAAAGUUGCAGGUUAAUAUUUUUCUUUUUUGUCCUUUCUAAAGGACCUUUCAUUUAAGGUGCUGCUUUUGACCUUUAAAGCCCUUCACUGCCUAGGACCCUCGUACCUACGGGACCGCCUCUCCCAGUAUGCCCCACGGAGAGCCUCAAGGUCCAUAAAUAGCAACACCCUAGUGGUCCCGGGCCCUAAGGAAGUUAGAUUAGCUUCAAUAUUUUUCCCACCCGAGGGCAAAACCUCAUAAGGCUACAAUGUGACUACUGAACAUGCUCACUCCUCACUGGACUGGCCACCUUAGUUUGUUUUUUUAAGUUGUACUUUAUCAAAUCUUGGGACUCGGUCUAAACAUGCUGUUAAAGGUAAAGGGACCCCUGACCAUUAGGUCCAGUCGUGACCGACUCUGGGGUUGCGGCGCUCAUCUCACUUUAUUGGCUGAGGGAGCCGACGUACAGCUUCCGGGUCAUGUGGCCAGCAUGACUAAACCACUUCUGGAGAACCAGAGCAGCGCAUGGAAACGCCAUUUACCUUCCUGCUGGAGAGGUACCUAUUUAUCUACUUGCACUUUGACAUGCUUUCGAACUGCUAGGUUGGCAGGUAACAUGUUACCUCCCUUUUAUUUCUCAGUGCCCUUGUUUCAGCUCUGACCAUCAGCAUUCACUCAUCUGAGUUUGCUAUUAGAAGGAGUGAUGAGAAGAGCAGCUAAGAUUGGUUAUUUUAAAUUCUUAGAUAAACUUCAAUGUGUCCAGAAACUAGAAAGACAGAAAAUGUUCCCUGUUGUAUCAUUGUGACAUCACUGGAUUGUUGCUUUAGCUACUGUUACUGAGGCUACUGCUCCCUAUUAUGUGAUUAUGAUAUCAGAGGCUUGUUGCACUGGCUACUGCUCUUGGGCUAGUCUAUCACUGUCUCCCCUGCUGUCAUAUUGAAUGCUGCAAAAUCUAGUCAGUCUUUUAAGGUAAGAAGUUUUCAGCCCUCAUGUAGAUGGAAGGUGGGGAUAAUGAUCUACUGCUACUGAAGCUGGGUUCUCACCAUCUUUCUUGAUAAUUUGCUGUCAUUUUGUAUGUCAUAAAAACUUGCCUUGACAGCAGACCUUUUAAGGAUAAUGUGUAGUGUUUAGAUGGGUAGAAGACUGAAUGGCUAGAAGGAACUUUUCUCCCUCCUCUCACAUCAUUAGGAAAUCUUGGAAUGCAUAGGAGAGUCAUGUACCCGUAGGGUGCAGUUUUGUAAAACUCCCUUGUUGGACCAAGACACUAGAUUACAGGUGACUCCUUUCUCUUAAGGAAAAAAUAAUCAUCACCACCUACAUUCAAUCAUCCGAUCCCUAUUUCAACCAGAGUACAUUUUCAUGAAAACUGCAAUAUCUACAAUGGUGAUUAUUGUCUCUUUUGCUGUUGACUAAGUCUGCAAUCGAAACUCUUGGUGUUGGCUGGCAGGGCUUAACAGAGCUGUCCUGGAGCUCUCCACUGGCAAGGAACUUGGCUGGUAGCAAUUUCACCCAGUCACACACUUGGCAGGCGGAACAAGGAGCUCUUCAAUGGCAGAGUGAUGCUGGCAUCAUUGCAGGCAAAGGCUGGUAGAGGCUGAUGCGGCUGAGCUGAGGGUUGCUUCUGCCCUGUCAGCACACAUAGUUCAAUGCAAAGGGGGAUUGGACUCCACCAUAAGUAACAGAUGGCUGACAUUGAAAUCUGAAAUUGAAGGGAAAUCCAUAUUAAUCAACUUCAACUAGAACUACUUUCUGAAGAAAAAUGUACAUAAGCAAUCACAAUGUCAGACCAUUGAUACACAAUGCAGUGAUAUUAAUAGGGUUUUUAUUCUGUGUAUCAUAUUGUGUGUUUUAGUUAGAUGACAAUGACUGGACAACUUCACUCUCCCCUCAACAUUCAAUCAUGUUCACAAAUUUAGAGUACAGUGGUACAGAAGAUAUCACUAAGAGUGCUGUCCUGUUGAAGGAGGAUGAUCCUGGGGAAGCAGGUGAGAGCUCACUUUUUUGCCUUUGCUAUCUGUUACGGCAUCAAUGCCUGUUGUUAAAUGCAUAAGGUAUCCUGUUGUAGGAUAAGUAGCUGGUCUAGUUUUUCUUCAUCCCAUCCAAGGGAUAGCUCAGCUGGUAGAACAUGAGACUCUUAUUUAAUCUCAGGGUCAUGGGUUCAAGCCUCAUGUUGGACAAAAGAUUUCUGCAUUGCAGGGUGUUGGCCUAGAUAAUCCUAGGGGUCCCUUCCAACUCUACAAUUCCAUGAUUCUAAGUAGAUCAUAGUCUUGGAAGAACAGUACCAUGGCCGGGGACAGCCAUAAUAACUAUUACGCUGUCAUAUAUAAAAUAGGUACAUUUUAGGAAGUUGGUUAAACUACAUUGUACAUUUCCACAGGCCUGAUGUUGUUUUUUGUACAGUUGUUCUGGGUUUGUUUUUGGUGCAAGAUUUCAGGAUUGUAGUGCUGAGAAUUUAUUUAGCUACAUUUCUUUUCCUGUGUCUUAAUGUUUGACUUCCCCCCCUUUAAGUCAGAGAUGGAGAACCUGUGACUCUCCAGGUGUUGCUAUACUCCCAGCUCCCAUCAGCCUCAACCAGCAUGGUCAGUGGUCAGGGAUGGUGGGAACUGAGGUUCCCCACCACUGCUUUAAGGAAUCCUUAGAUUAUGUCAGUUUCACCCCAUCAAUACUUCCAUUUUAUUGUUCUAAAGAACAUCUGCAAAGGAGAAUGUGUUAUCAAAUGUGCUUUGAAACAUUGUGCUUAGUGUACAACUAUUUUAAAAAUCUUGUUUUAUAUAUUUUAAUAUAUGUACAAAACAUAGGCACUACGAGUGUUAAAAUAUAAUAAAGGUGAACUUGUUCCAAGCUAGACUUGUUCUAAAGUAGGUUAUUCUAAUUAACACGUUUCUUCUUCUAGCAACGAGGAGUAUGUACUCCGAUUUUCUACAUUCCCUUUUAAAACACACAUCCACUACCAUUUUUGAACUCGUAGAUGAGUACGAAGAUACUUGCAAUAACCAGGUAUAUUGUUAUGUCCCUUUAUGUAUUCAUUACUUGCUGAACCAAAAUCAUUUUCCCUCAGUGAAUAAGCAUAGAGUAGUACAGGCAAUGUCACAGCCGUAUAGAUGAAAAGAGGGUUACUGUUGAGAGUGCCUGUAGUUCAUACAGAGAGCUCUCAAAAAUAGCUUCUGUACAGAUUCAUUUUGUAUAAAGCUACAAAUUACAGUUUCAUGUAAUUGUUUGGGAUUUGUAGCUGAAGAUGAAGAUUUGAACAUCUUUAGCAAUAAGCACAUUGUAUUAGUCCCUAACUACAACAUUUGUUUAAUUGCCUUUGAUUGCAUUAAUCCCGUUACCAGUGCAUCUUCCAUUCUUCCUCUCUACUUGUAUUCUUCUUACUGUCAGCAGGAAAUUACUUUGUUUUUACUUAUGCUGUAUAAAGCAGGGUCACCUACCCCAUGCCCGAUAGUGUGGGGCAGGUAUGGACAUACCUACAAUGGAACAAAAGGGAGCCUCAAGUGAGCCCCUGGUUGUUCCUUUGCAAGCAGGGCUUCCUGUCAGUACCAAUCAGCUGACAGAGAGUGCUGGGGACACAAUCCCCUUUGGCAAUCCUCUUUGAACUUUUUAUAGAUGUAAGUCACCCAUUGAUUGGAUCCAGUUCCGAACCUCUGUUGUAAAGCACUACAUAAAUUCCACUGUACAAAGAAUAAAAUAUUGUGUGAGAGAAGAAAAGAUGAUAUAACCCAGCUGUUGGUUUGUUUUUAAACACCAGGUAAACAUUCUUCAAAAAAUAGUGUACCGAGCUACUCCUGGGCAGCAGAAAUUUUCAAAAACUGCCAGUGUGUUGUGGCUUCUCAAGCAAGAGAUGGUAACUUGGAGACUAUUAUCCUCAAUUUACAGGUAAUUCUCCUGAAAGCCUGCUUGUGUUUUUUCCCCUCAACGCUUAAAUUUACUUUUCAGUACAAUCACACCUAAUGUACAUUUAACUUGUGUGAUUUCAUCCAUAUGUGGUUGAAGGCUGACUGGCUGAAAUUGCAGAAGUUAAAUCCAAGCAAGACAGAGCUUAAAAUCUCUUUUUGUGCCAAGUCUGCUUUUAGCCUUGCUUGAGGGGAAGAGGCCCGCCCAGCAUGCCAGGUUUGAGAUGCUCUCGCAAUAUCUCACAGGGCCAUCCGAGUUCCUUCCUGCAAGAUUUUGCAUGAGUAUCCUUAGACAUCCGCAGCCAAUGUGCUGAUCGAGGGGUUCUAGCUGGUGAACCAGCUGGAACUGAAAAAAGUCAGCCACCUGAGCCUCCAGUGAUUAGGUUAGUUAAAGUGUGCUUGGCAGACAUUAGCAAACCAAUAUAGGAUGUGGCAGUUGAAUGAAUGACACAAUGUCACUUACUUUGGAAUAUAUCCAAAUACAGUGGGUGAUAUAGUCAUACUGGGAGUAGAAUCAGUGUCCCUACUCUGAGUAUGACUAACCUUGGAUAUUGUCCAAUAUUAAAAAAAUAAAUCUAACUGCACUAUAACAGCAUCCUCAAUAGGAACUCUUUAAAAUCCUCAGUAGAACUUUGAGCACAUAAAAGUUGUAAGGUACAAGGAGGGAGACCAGGAUGGGGAUAUGGCAGGUGCACACAGACCUUGCAAUUUCCUUAUCACUGUAUCUGUGCCAGUGGGGUGAAGGGGAUAUAGGACCCUCCUGGACAUUGUGUAUGAAUUGUGCCCUAUGUGUACUUGCGGAUUUCAAUGAGAUAUAUGUAGCUAAGAAAUAACAUGCAAUGCUAAUCCUCAAUAUUGUUUUUUCUCUCUUUGCUUUAAAUCCAGGGAUAGGAUACAGUCUGCUCUAGAAGAAGAAACCAUGUUUGACCUUGCAGUAAGUUUUGUCAGUCUUUUUCUACUAAGGGACAACUUACCCACAUUGCUUUUUACCGUAGUAUUACAUUGUUAAAAAUACAUAAUAGAGAUAAAAACUACAGAACUAAUAAAGCAUAUUGUAUUCUUAGUUUCAUAGAGCAUAGUGGAUGUGGAUCCUAUUAAGCACCUGCACUGUUUAGCGAUCAGUUAAGCAUAUAAUUGUCAAAUAUGAUUAAAGUGUUCAAAGUGUUUCAAAUAGAAAAUAAUUUUUGAUCAUGAAUCGUGCUUCAGUCAUUUGAACAUAGGUUUUGUUCUUCCCUAGGCUAUAAAUGCUAGUGAAAAGACUGUUAUAAACAGUCUGUUCCAGAGAGAUUCAUUGGUUCGACAAAGCCAGGUAUGACACAAAGUAGGGAUGUGGAACAUGUUUUCCUACAAGCACUCCAUUCCCUUGGGAGUAAUCUGUCAGGGGUGGGGGCACAUGCCAGUGGUGGUUAGGGCAUCAGAAAAGGGCCCGCCCACUAUUCUCUCCCUCCCUCCUUGUUCAACAAGCCAUCAAGGGAGAACACAUCCCUCUUGCAAGAGGUCAGAACUGAUUGUUUUGUUUUUAAUAUAUAUACAUUUAAGAUACAUUUACAGUGCUACCUUGGUUCUAGAACGUAAUCAGUUUCAGAAAUCUGUUCGACUUCCGAAACGUUUGAAAAGCAAGACACGGCUUCCGAUUGGCGCAGAUACCCCGGAAACAAUAGCUGACUGCCACAUCAGACAUUUGACUUCUGAAAAACAUUCAAAAACGGGAAGACUUAAUUCCAGGUUUUUGGCAUUUGGGAGCCAAAAUGUUCGUGUACCAAGGUGUUCAAGAACCAAGAUUCCACUGCACUUAGGAACAAGUCUCCUUAACACCAAUGGGAUACUUCCCAUAUGUGUUGCAAGAAAACUUUUUAUUGCUCUUCGCAAGGCUUAAAAGGGCAGCAUUUGAUAGAGGUUGCAAUCCUAUGUCUACAUCUUUGGAAGUAAAUGCCAUAGAAUUUAGAGGACUCUGCACAGUGUUGGUCUGAUGCAUCUUUGUCUACCCCAUAAUCAAAGUGGAAAUUGGGGGAAAGUCUUGUUUUACAUUAUUGUUAAGUUUAGUUUAAUUUUCAGUUGGUGGUAGACUGGCUAGAGAGCAUUGCCAAGGAUGAAGUUGGAGACUUCUCUGAUAAUAUUGAAUUUUAUGCAAAGUCUGUAUAUUGGUAAGUUAUUGACCAACUACUGAUCACUCUUGAUAUGUGCAAGCUGCUGGUUCUUUAUACCAUAUUCUACAUAAACAUCUCAAGCAAUUGAUUCAAGAAUAUAUAUAUAUUAUACAAUUAUUACAUGACACAAUCCCUGUUCUUUAAAUAUUAGAGACAUGGAAAUACUGCAUUUUUUUGCUAUAUCAGUUUUGUGAUGAUUCCUAAAAAGCAUGUUGAAUAAACUUUAUGUAAAAUUGUUACUUAUAUUGGGCUUUAAUUUAUUUUAAAUAUGGUAGGUAUUAACAAAUCUAUUAAACUCAUAAAGGUUUAUAAAAAUUACGCUUUACAUUAUUGCUGUGCAUUAUUCUUACACCACAGAAUUGCUAAAGACAGGUCUGCUGAAACACUGCAUCAGCUUUCACCAGCUGUAAUUUAAAAAGCUCAGUUAAUUGUUGUUUUUUAAAAAAAUCAGGACUAAUUAAUUAAAUAUAUUUUGUUAAAGAACCUUAAUGCAUUAUAGUGUUGACAAUAGAAUAUUUUACUUUAGUAUGUAUUGCUGUUGAAGUAAUGAUAUGCCUUGUGUUUUCAGGGAGAAUACUCUGCACAUCUUGAAGCAGCGACAAUUAAACACUUUCUCUGGGAGCUCAAGGCCACUAGUGACUGAAUUAGUAAGUGCAGUUUACUAAUUCCAGACGUUAAUUCAGGGAUGGGGAAUCUUUUUAGAUCCUUGAUUAUUAUCAGGAUCUGCCUUGCUGGCCAUAUUUGCUUUGCAAGCCCCCCCUGCCCCAGUCCCUGAUAUCAGACUUAAAAGGGGAGCAGGAUGAGAUUCCAAGUCUCCCCCCACCUCCCUUUUAAGCUUCCAAGAUCAAGGAGAAGCAGGGAGUCUUGUAAAAGACAUUGCGACAGCCCUUGCAAUUGUCUUUGAGCCUUUCAAAAACCUAUUUGAAGUAGCUUGCGAGUGAGAGCUGCUUCAGAUGGUGGUUUUGCACAGGAAUCUCCAUUCCACUGAUGAGCAUGGAUUAAAUCCUGCUCCCUUGGCUGUGCAAUGGAGGAUCUUGCAGGCAAUGCAGGAUUAAAUCCUGUCCUCCUGCCCAUCAGUUGAGGUCACCAGUAAUGACAGGUGUGCAGUUGGGCUUUGUUUGGAGGAAAUGGUCUUGUGGGCCAAAGCAGACCCCCUGGUGGGCCAGGAUUGGCCCAUAUGCCAGAGGUUCCUCUCCCCUACCUUAAUUGAACAAUUAGCAGUUUUCUCUGUUUGAUGAAAAUUCAUCAGUAUUCAGGGUAGAUAUUUUUUAACUGGAGAUAUACUGCCCUACUUUAUCAAACUAUGGUCCACCCUAUGUCUUCUCAUAUGAGAUUUUACUGUGCAACUAUUUUAUGCAGAGUUAGGCAAUUAAUUAAUAAAACCAAAACAAGAGUAGAUAUACUCUGGCUGAUAACCCAGAAAUGUAACAAGUCAAGGUAGCCUAUAAUGGUUUAAUGCAAAUCUAUGCAUCUGAUGAAAUGUACUAGCUCACGAAAACUUACACCAUAGUAAAUGUAUCUGUCUUUGUUGUUUUUGCUGGCAGAGACUAACACUGUUGUCCCUCUGGAAAUGGGAAACAGAACAGCCUCCAACAGGAACCUACUGUCCUUUUCAAUGACUUAGCUUAAAAGCAGUAUGCAGGGAGAAAUGUGCUUUUGCAGUUGAAAAGAAUCAGUGCAGUUUUUCUAUUUAGGACCCAGAUGCUCCGAUAAGGCAGAAAAUGCCACUUGAUGAUUUGGAUCGGGAAGAUGAUGCACGGUUACUUAAGUUCCUUUUCACUCUCAUUAGAGCUGGAAUGACGGAUGAGGUAAAAGAAAUGUAUUUCCAUUUACUUAAAGGGGUGGGGAACAGGUGUGUGUAAGUCAUUGGGUACACAUGCAUGCACAUGCAUCUAGUGGAACCUCUGAAGAAUGGGCAUAUUUGUACAUAGAUCUUUGGUCCAUAAAAUACUAUUAAGUGCCAUAAACUACAUAAAUGAGAAAAUAAGUAUGGAUUAUGCUAUUAAGUUUGAGAGUAGACUCACAAACAAAAGUUGCAAAAAAUACUUUAUUAUCUAUCUUCACAUGCUUGUUUGCUUGAAUGCUGAAAUUGACUUUACAAAGUUCUACAAACACACCCACCCACCUAUAUAUAUGUGUGUGUGUGUGUGAGCGCACAUGCUCUUUUAUAAGAAAAGCCAUAGAACUUGAGUUCCUCACAUCACCCGUUAUACAUGAACUCAAAGACUGAAAGUUUCUGGUUUUAACUUGGAAUUGAUCUCUGUUUCCUAUUACACCUUAAUUUAGGAAACUAGUUUAUUUUAAGUGUAGGUUAGCAAAACAAGAUCUGAAGCCAAGGUUUGAUCCUGGUUUGUUUGAACUAUCCUUCUAAGCCCUAAAGAGCACUUCAGGGCUCCUGAUCUAGGGUGGCUGGAACCCUGAACAGGAACAUUCAUUCAGGGGACUGGAGAUGCACUACGGCAUUAUUGUCACCAUCAUCACAAUAAUCAGGUCCUUGCAUGUCAUGUGGUUUUAUGGUGGAAUGCACCAUAUUUUUCCAAGUAUAAGAUGAUGCUUUUUGCUUUAAAAAAAAAUAAUAAAGGCACAAAUUGGGUGUAGUCUUAUACACGGACAGUGAAUGCAGAGGGGGGACGUGCAAUUAAUGGCAGCAGCAAGCAGGAGAUUGGCAGCGGCGAUUGGGCAGGUGAUUGGUGGUUGUGGCAAUUGGGCAGGCGAUUGGCGGCUGUGGCAAGGCAGGCAGGCAAUUGGUGGCUGUGGCGAGGUGUGCAUUUGGCAAUGACUGUGGCAAGUGGUGGGCAGGCAGGUGUGCGAUUGGUGGAACUAACCUUCCCCCCCCAAAAAAGCUAAAAAACUUAAUUUUCAGUUAAAAAAAAUAGGGGUUUCCUUAUACAUUGGGGUGUCUUAUACAUGGAAAAAUACGGUAAAUGUGUUUCUCUCAAAACUCGCCCACUCCCUUUGCUUACUUUAUAGGCCCAACGAUUGUGCAAAAGAUGUGGACAGGCUUGGAGAGCUGCAACGCUUGAAGGGUGGAAGCUGUACCAUGAUCCUAAUGUAAAUGGAGGUACUUAAAUGAGACACACAAAAACUGGAAAAAAGAUGCAUGGUCCUGUGUGCACAUUUGUUCAUUUUACCUAUCUUUUCAAAGAUUUAUUCUGGAACCAUCUGAAGAUGCACACCAUCAAAUUUAGUGAAAAUUUGAUGAAGUGGUUAGGGUCCAUCUAGCAAAAAGAGGAUAGGAUAAGCUUAUAAAGUCUUAGCUAUAAUCCCUGCCUAGGUAUUUUCUUUGGAAUAAGGGUCCAGAUAUCUUGGAUUGAAUAUGCAUAACAGCAGGUAGAUCUUGAUAUCCAGGAACAGGCUAUGUUCAGACUUCUUGUUUUUGAUCUUCUAAAUCAUUGUUUGGAGGAGCUAUAACAGGGGUAGGCAACCUAAGGCCGGGGGGCUGGAUGCGGCCCAAUCGCCUUCUCAAUCUGGCCUGUGGAUGGUCCGGGAAUCAACAUGUUUUUACAUGAGUAGAAUGUGUCCUUUUAUUUAAUAUGCAUCUCUGGGAUAUUUGUGGGGCAUAGAAAUUUGUUCAUUGUUGUUUUCAAAAUAUAGUCCGGCCCACCACACGGUCUGAGGGAUGGUGGACCGGCACACAGCUGGAAAAGGUUGCUGACCCGAGCUGUAAUGAGUCCUAUGUUCUCUUGUUCGCUUGCACUCUUGACUAAAUAGAUAACAUCCUGGUUUGAGCAAACCACUGUUUGCAGUUAUAUCGAAAUUGUAGUUUGAGUGAGGCCCUUGAAACAGGACUGCAAAACAGGAAUUAAAGUCCUAGUUUGAAGGACUAAUUCAACCCUAUCUGCCAGUUCAAAUGUAACAUCAAACUAGCUUGAUCGACCCAAUAGGUUAUCUAUUAAAUUGAGGGUGCAAUGGGAGGAGGAAUCACAUAAGUACCCAAAUGUGUGAUGGGACAAAAAUGAGUGGUCAGAUGGAGAAGAGGGAGGAGACUGGGAGGAGGAGGUGCAAGAAGCUGAAGAGGUUGAUACAACACAGUCUCCAAUUGCUUGGGAAAAACUCUGGAGAGGUGGGGACUUUCUGUCUUGGCAACUGAUCUAUGGGAAGACGACCUACCGGGGAUGAGCCGCUGUGCUCAUUAGUCUUGAUACACUGCCAAGUCUGUGCAGAUUGUGCUCUUGCUAAGAAACAAGAUAACUCCAGCUUGAACUGCUGGCUUGCUCUUGUCACCAGUUGAAAGGCUUGAGGACCCUGCAGUAAACUAUCUAAUAGAGCCUAUGCACGAUUCAUUACCAGCGUUCCUUCUCUAUCAGCAUUCUCAUUUAGAUGUACCCUUUGUUCUUACUUGAACAUAGCUGUAGUAGGAUAGUGAGACUGCUUUGCUUAUCAGAUUAGAUAGCCUUCAGCAUCUUGAUUGCUCUUUGAGGAAAGUUUCAGAGAAACUGAAAGUGGAUCUUUUGCUGGACAGUACAGUUCUCCUAAGUUACUGAAUUAACCACAUAUAAAAUUACUCUCUACACAUAGGAACAGAGCUGGAACCUGUAGAAGGGAAUCCAUACAGAUGUAUUUGGAAACUAAGUUGCUGGAGACUGGCAGAAAAGGUAAGAAGCAUGUAGUUGUAACAGAUUCUGUUUAAGGAAUUUUUUUCUGUCAUUGACUUUCAGUAUAUACUGGAUUGUGUACAACAGUGUCUCUCAGCUGAACAGAAAGGGAAGCAAUUUUCAGCUAUUCCCUCUGCAGUCGCCCACAUCUCCCUAAAACUGUUCUGGAUGUUACCUCAACCCUCUGCAGCAGAUCUGGGCAGUUUUGUGGUAGCUGAAGGAUGAAUAACUGAAAAUUGCUUCCUAUUCUAUUCCAUUGGUGGAGGUCUUACUGUUGCUGGAUAUAAUCUAUUGCCACUAAAUAGUAUUUUAUGUAAUAGCUAAUCAAUUGAUAUUAAUAGAAAUUGUUAAUUUAUUAACAAAUAAGGAACUGGAGACGGGGUGGUAACCAAUGCCAGUCCUACUCAGAGUAGACCCAUUGAAGUUAAUGGUUCCUGUAUUAGAUGCUGAAUUAAGUAUACUGGUGGUGGCUGAUGUAUUUGAUUAACUAACUAAUGCUAUAUUACUAACUGUUCUCUGAACCUUUCAGAAGAUACCGAGUAUCAUGAUUGAGUGAAUUAGUGUUUAGUACAUUUCUUAAAUAGCUAUAAACAAAAUAUAAUGAUCACAAAUAAAUAUUUUUGAACAAUUUUAGGAGCAGUUUGACAAAUACGAGAGAGCAAUCUAUGCAGCACUCAGUGGAAACCUCAAACAGGUAUGAUAUAUAUUAAUUAAAUAACAUCUUGUUGAGACAGCUUAGCAGAAUAGACGGAGAACAGCCAACACACAGGCUGCUGUGACUGGGAAACUCUAAAAAGUAUUGUGUGCUUUUAGGUCUUUCAGGGCUUCACAAAUAGGGUAGAUUACUUCCUUUUAUACCAGAAGAUAGUGCUCGGAAUUUACUACAGCUAAGUUUGUGCUUGCUUGUAGUAGCAGGCAAACAAGCUAGGCUAGCCUUUAUUUGUGCUCAAAAACUGUUAACAUUUUAAUGACAUUUUGAAUACAGUUCUCUUGGAUUUCCUAUUAAUUCUUAGCAUUAUUAAUGAUUUCACAUAGAGAUAAAAACAUAAGUUGAGACUAGCACACGUGCAUUGCGAUAUGACAAGCUUCUUGGCAUGCAGCUUGUUCCUGUCAUAAUAAGCAGUGGCUUACAUUGAAAUCUGAAUGCAGCCAGGCUAGCUCACAUCUUUUGUUAAUAUGCUUAUUCCAGAACUAUUAAUUUUGGCUCUCUCUAUUUUCCUUUGCCAACCUAAAGCUUCUUCCAGUUUGUGACACCUGGGAAGAUACAGUUUGGGCACAUUUCAGGAUCAUGGUGGACACACUUGUUGAAGAGGAAAUCCGUUCAUCGGUGAUGACCACAGAGGAGACAGAAGACCUCCCCAGAGAGUAUUUAGAAACAAAGUCAGUUAUUAUUUGUUAGUUAAUUAGCCAUUAUGUAAUAUUGGAUUAAUUGCUGUUAACUGCAGUUUCACUUACAUGUUUGAAUGUAUUUUUUUCCCUUUAUAUUUUGAAGCUGGACUUUAGAAAAGGUGUUUGAAGAACUUCAAGCAACAGAUAAAAAGGUAAUUUUGAAUCUUAAUCAGAAGAGAGAAAACUUUUUUUCUUUUAUUGCACACUUUUACAAGGCAGUCCUGUAUAUGUUUACUCAGAAAUAAAUUCCUCAAUGUUCAGUGGGGCUUGCUUCCUGGUAAAUAGAUAUGGGAGUGCAGCCUUAAUCCUAAUUAGUUAAUAUAAUCCUAUAACAUAAACCCUAAAUAGUUAAUAGUAUAAUUCAAGCCCAAAAGUCUGCAGGCAGUUCCAUACUAUGAAAGUUACCUAGGUCUCAGGAAAGUGUUUCCCUAGCAACCUUACCUUUUUUGGCUAUCACUUGUGGAUUACUUAUGCAUAUUGGAUGUACCUGAACCUCAGAAUACAGGCAAUUCCUUGUUUGUGCGGAGUUUGUGUUCUGGGUCAUUGCGCUUGUCAGCAGUCAUGCAUAAGCCCAUCCCACCCCAUUCCACUGCCGAAACCAGUGCACACAUCACGGUUACUCCUCAAUCAGUUGUGCACAAAAUGGUCUCCUCCUGUGUAUCCAUUCUGGAUGAAAAUAAGAACUUAAUGUUCAUAUUUUCUAAAAAUAGGGUGAAGGUUAUUUCCGCAAUUUACCAAUAGGUCAUCUUCUUCUCCCUGCUUUUCUUUUUUUAUUCUGUAUUGGUUUGUUUUUUACUUUUGUUUUGUAUUUAUUUCUUUUCUAUUUUACCUUGGUUUUAUUUAAAAUAGAGGUGAAUAAAAUAAAAUUUAACCAUGUGUUCUGCAAAGAAGUACUUCCUCUUUUGUUGUCUGAAUCUUUAUGGAUAUAUGGUGUGUCUUCACAAAUUAUAAACUGCUUUUCAGAGAGUUUUGGAAGAGCAUCAAGAACAUUAUCAUGUGAUUCAGAAGUUCAUUAUCCUGGGAGAUGUGGAUGGUAAGUUUGCUUUAGUGAUAAUUGAACUUUCACUAAUUUUGUGUUAUGCUGUGCCUCAAUGGCAGCUAUUUUAUGAUUAGUGCCCACAGCACUUUCUUGAAAUUUAAGUUGUGCCUGCAGGUCCAAAAAGGGUGGCGACCCCUGAUUUACACUGUCCAUUUAAAGCAAAGCACAGCAAGCCCCCCCCCCCCCCAAAUAUCUGUUUAUUAGUGGUAAGGUGAAUUGAAACUUGUUAUUUUCUCAGGUUUGAUGGAAGAAUUUAACAAAUGGCUCUCCAAAGACAGAAAUGUGCUCCCAGGGCACCUGCUUCGGUUCAUGACACAUCUCAUUUUAUUUUUCCGCACUUUGGGACUACAGACUAAAGUAAGUUCUUGUAAUGGUGCCUGGAAUAUAGGAAAGAAGUGGUGGUUCCUCUCCUUUCACUUGUGCAACCUAAUCAUUCUUUUUCUCCAGCUACCAAGCUGGGUUUAAGAGCUAGAUGGGAAGGGAAACAGACCAGAGCAACACAACAAAGAGAAAACUUUUUGCUAGUGAUUCUUUAGUGGCUUCUUCCCCUCCCCAUUUUGCUAGUAGUAAAAAGAAGCAUGCCAUAUUUGGCAUGUAAUGCUAGUUUAAUUAAAAAUAGUAGUCUGAGAACUGUUUCAACAGAAAGCACCUAUACAUCGCAAUUGAUAUUUGACUAUAAAGCACUUAUGGGGAACUGUAUUGAGCUGGCAGGCUACUUAGACAGGUGAAUGAGGUUGCUCAUCUGACAUUAGGUGAAACAUUACGCUUUGUAAAAAUUCUUUGUUCCUUUGCAUGGAUCAGCUGCACACAUCAGCUCUGAUCAGGAGUUCACAAUCCCAGCAGGCUAACAUUUGGCUCUGGAUUUGAAGUCCUGGAUGCAAAACCCUACUUGCAGCAGGGAUCAGCUCCACUUAGGAGACCCUGUCCCAGGGGGCUUGCAUUUGACACCAAACAAGCCCCCACUUGCAGAGGAACAAUCAGGAGUGCACUUGAAGGCUCCACAUUGUUCCUUUGUAGCCAUGGCGUCCCCUGCUCUACAUCUGAUGUUAUGUCAAACAUGGAGGGGGAUGACCUCACGGGCCAAGUUGGCCUUUGGGCAGGAGAUUCCCCAUGCAUGCUAUAAAGAAUAAUUUGCAAUAUGUAUUUUUCCACCAUAAUUUGUCACUUGUUUUUGUCUAGUUAAAUGGUUUCCUUUCAAGUAAAGUUUGGGCUAAGCAAGAAACCCAUAACGUUUUGUGUAGAUAUAGAAUAAUGAGGGAAUGGUAAAAAAGAUGUAUGUCUGUGUAAGCAAACAAUAUCUGUACCUCUACAGCGGGAGUAACCUGCUGAUUAAGGGAAAAUCAGGUCCUGUUGUACAAGUAAAUAUCCAUAAAAGAACUAAAGCCUUUCUUGUCUGUGAGGUAACGUCAGUAUCCUCAUAGUCUUCAUUUUCUGUCUAUCCCUGAAACGUGCAAGGUUAAUAUAACAAAACUCCAGUUGUAAUGUAACAAAUUUCCAGUUUAGUUUUUGCUGAUGCUGCAAAGCUAUUCUCCUUCCCAGAGGUAUUAAGAUGGAAUGAGUGAUAAUCAAAUAUCACAUGGUAAGAAUAGUGUCACCUGUUAUGGAAUGCCUGACAUCUGACAAUGCUCAACUGUAACUCAUUUGGUUCCAAUCGAGACUCAGUCAUUUGUCUUAAAGAGACCUGGAUGUAACUAGCGAUUUUCAGAUAGUAUAGAAAGGUAACAGUGACUUGGAAAUUUAAUUGACAUUCUUAAGUAAUGUUAUUAAACCUAGUAACUUUUUCCAUUAAGGAGGAGGUAUCGGUGGACGUUUUGAAAACAUACAUUCAGGUAAGUCUUUAGAUGCAAUAUAUCAUCUACAAUAAGCUCUAAAAUUACUAGAACAGUUUUCAUUUCUUAAAAUGGAAACACAAAUAGCAAACCGUUUGCUGAAAUAUUUUGGCUAUUUUUAACACACCUUCACAAGGACGACCAUUGUUUAUACAAAUAGCUUAUGGAUUGUCUUCAUAACUGCAGAGUGUCAUUAGAAUAACUGUUGAAAGAAAAAAAAGCAUCAGUUUUUAAAAACAUGUAGAGAUAAAUUAUUCUGAUUUUCUCUCGUGUGCACAAAUGAAAUAUAAAUUGGGCAAUGCAAUAAAACAAAUUUCUUUUUAAAUUUAUUUUUAUGCUGCAGUGGUUAAUAUGUGAGAAGCACACAGAUCUUAUAGCAUUUUAUGUCAGCCACUUGCCUCAGGAUGUAGCUAUUGCUCAGUAUGCUGCGUUCUUGGAAGAUGUCACGGAGACAGAACAACGUCACCAUUGCCUAGAGUUAGCAAAGGAGGCAGGUAAGAAAUUUUGUGAAUGAUUUAUUUGGGAGUGGUAUUCUCUUUUCCUGGGGAACAUUUAAUUACAUCUUUUAAGUGGGCAAGUAUUAUUAAGCAGCUAUGUCCAAGUUGCAGUAUUUCAAUUGUCGUAUAUACUACCAAUUGUAUUCAACUAACUUUUAGUCUAAGAACACAAAAUUAAAUUAAUACACCUAAGUUAGUCACGGGUCCACUCUGAGUAAUAGUUAGUUGAAUACAAAACUAUAAAUAAUAACUUUAAAUUUGUUCAGCAUUGGAUUUAGUUUUGAAGCACCCAUAAACUUGUUUUAAUUUUUUAAAGAGAGACUCUGCCCUGCUAUGAAAUCCUCACCACCAUUUUCUACAACCCUUUGUUCUUGAAAAAUACCAAUCUAACCGAACUGAGCAUAUUUAUCAAUAUUGCUGAUGUAUCCUUAUUGGUACUCCUGCUCAGUGGAUGUGCCCUUCUUUUUUCCUUUCGUGACAUUUAUUUAAAACCAAAAUUUCCUCCUAUAAAGUCCUCCUGUUUCCUCAUAUCUAACUCUUGUAUAUUUUUCUAUUUAAAGGUCUGGAAGUAGCAACUAUCACUAAAACGGUUGUUGAAAAUAUUCGCAAGAAAGAUGCUAGCGAGUUCACUCAUCAUGAUCUUGCAAUAGAUACAGGCACAACAGAGGUGAACGGUGGUGCUAACUGUGUUUCUUAACACUUUUUCCCCAAAUAGAGAAGACGCGGGGAGGGGGAAAUCAGCAGCUGUGGAAGAGAUACUCAUAAUUCUAAAAUAAAUUGUAUCCCUUGUAUUCUGUUGACCGCAGUAUGUGCCAAGUACUGCUCAUAGUAUUAGUAUUGACAUGGAUUCAGACCAAAGCUAUGGUAAAAGGGGAGAGUUGGGAUUAUUUUCUCAUGUUGCAAUUCUUGAGAGUGUUUAAUUGUAAUUUCUGCUGUCCACCAAAAUACACAUUUGUAUGGCUUUUCACCAGUACUUAAACAUUAUUUGUGCCAAGAUUACGGAUGAAUAACUCAAAUUUUAUGUUCCAAAUGAAUUGUGGAUGAGGCUGGCUAAUAGUGAACUGCUAAUUUUUUAAAUACUUCCACUGUUUGAAAGUAAAGAUUUUGAUAGGCAUCCAUGGAAAAGUUACUAUGAAAGUAACAUUAUAUUAGAUUUUAUAUUGUGAAAUCUGUGGUUACCACCCAGAGAGGUACUUUGGACAUACCAUAGAGUGUUUGAAAGUCAAACAAAGCUUUUUCUUGGAACAGUAAUACUCAUGCCUUAGUCACAAAUUGUUCUUGAAACACUGAAGAUUUAAAUGCAUUUUGUCGCAAUGAUGGAAAUCUGCUGUUAGAGAAGCAUAGGUCUAGUGCUCUGCUUGCCAUGCUAAGCGAGUCAUGUAGUUUUCUAGAUUGUGACCACUGUCUUUAAUUUGUUUUGUAUCCUCAAAAGCUGACUAGUAAAUUUGUUUACUAUAUAUACUGAAUAGAGAACUUUUUUUUCUAGGAAGAUCAGCUGAAGAUUGAUGUAAUUGACUGGCUGGUAUUCAAUCCUGCUCAGAGGGCUGAAGCACUAAAACAAAGCAAUGCUAUAAUGAGGAAAUUCUUAGGUACUACAAUAUUAGCCAUCAGUUUGAAACUAGAGAAAAUAUUAAGGAAGUAUGAUGAAUCUGAAAAUGACUUACUGAUACUCUUUAAAUACAGCAUCAAAGAAACAUGAAGCAGCCAAGGAUGUGUUUAUAAAGAUUCCACAAGACUCUAUAGCAGAAAUAUACAAUCAAUGGGAAGAGCAAGGAAUGGAUAGUCCACUUCCAGCUGAAGAUGACAACGCUAUUAGAGAGCAUUUAUGUAUUAGAGCUUACCUGGUAAGACUGUGACUUAGGUCCCAAAAAGAGAUACCUAGAAGACCUGCCUUCUAAUCAGAUAUGUUGAGUGUGGGCUAAUCUUACUCAGACAUGAGAGGAAUGCACUCUAUUCAAGCAUAUGGACCCAUUUUUUUUAAAAAAAGACCCUAACAUUCUAGAGCCAGGCCCCAUCUCCUCUAAAUCAAUGGUCUUCAGAUGCAUAUUUAAUAGUCUGUCAAGGAUCAGGAUGUCAACAAACCCAUUACUAUGCCUAACUGUGUACACUUACCUACAUGAAAAUGUCUAAACAUUUCCAACCCAAUUUAGGAAGCCCAUGAAGCCUUCAAUGAAUGGUUUAAACACAUGAACUCGGUGCCACAGAAGCCUGGUCAGCUUUUACAAGCAAGUUUCACUGAAGAAGUUGCCUAUGAACUUAAAGAGAAGAAAUAUGAGGUAAAUAGAAAGGAAAGGUAAAAUUCUCCCAUCCUUCUAUCUUGCCAAUUGGCUAACCCUGUGCUAGUGAGAUCACAUAUGUGAUUCCAUCCAGAUGUUGGAUGACAACUCAUAUCAACCUUGAAUGAUCGGCUGUGCCAGCUUAGGACUAAUGGAAGUCAUCUAAUUAAACUGGAUAGACCCAGUUCAUAAUAUUAACAAGCGGGUAAGACAAAACUCUGGGUUCCACUUCAUUGGCAAAUUUAACUGCACAUUGACAACUGCAGUUAAAUAACCAGCAAUCUGCUGCUCUUUUGCAGAAGAGAGGCAAACUGUUAAAACUGUGCAGUGUAGAAGAAUGUCAGCUGCACCACUUACUCUGGAACAACCUGUGCUGUAACACUCCCACUCUGAGCUUAUUCCUAAAUUAAUGGAAAAGCAUGCAAUACAUUGUGGUGAAGAAACAAUGUGUGUUAUGAAGAUUUGAAAGAUUCACUUUGACUUUUCUUUUUCAGAUGGACUAUGGUAUUUGGAAAGGUCUCCUGGAUGCCCUUACAGCUGAUGUGAAAGAAAAAAUGUACAAUGUCUUGCUGUUCGUUGAUGGAGGAUGGAUGGUUGAUGUCAGAGAGGUAGUGCAUACAUAUUUGAAGUAGACUGUGAAGCUGCCCCUACCCAGUAAUAGGAUAGCAGUAUUGCUUCCCAGGCUAACAUGCUGCAGUGCCGUUGCUUAGUUUUCGUUUACCUAUGGCUUGAUUGCUGAUUUGGUAAUGCUUGUUCCGUGGAAAACCUAGGAAUAUUUAAGAUUUAUUUAAGAAAUAACUGAAAGAUGACAACUAUGGUUUUAAAAUGCUAAUACUUUAUUCAAACUGUAAAUUUGAAUUAUUGCACUAUCUUCUAAUUUGGCUAGUUUUUGGAGGUCAGCAUCCUAAGACUAUACAAAGAGCCCUGUUGGGUCAGACCAAAGGCCUAUCUCAUCCAAUGUUCUGUUAUCUCAUUGACCAAUUAUCUACCUAUGGGAAGCCCACAAGCAGGACAUGAGCGCAACAGCACUGUCCUGGUUGUGAUUCCCAGCAACUGGUAUUCAGAGGCAUACUGCCAUUGACACUGGAGAUAAUAUAAUCUUCAUGACUAGUUGCCACUGAUAACCUCCCAUGACGGUUGUGUUGGUGCAGGAUUUAGCAUUAUGUUUCAAUUUUGAGUUUCCAUAUGAUUGUUAAACACUAGAGUAGAGUUUCUUAAAACUGAAUGUGACACUUCUGGUUAAGACUAUUCCACAUUUUCUUACCAAGGGUGCUGAAGAUGACCCUGAGCGUACCCAUCAGAUGAUCAUGCUGCGAAAACUCUGUUUGCCAAUGAUGUGCUUCCUCCUUCAUACUGUAUUGCAUAGCACAAGACAGUAUCAGGAAGACCUAAGGCUUGCUGACUUGAUUUCAUCAGAUCGACAUAAACUCUACAUGGUAAGUUCAUUUGCUUUAAGUUUUAAAUACUCUGCUUGCCUAUCUAGCUGAAAUAAUCCACACUGUAACAAGCUCUUUUGUCUUAUUGUCUGUAUUUGUCAAAUUCCAAAGCACACAAUACAUUAGUCACACUAUCAAAUAGUGUUUAAAAUUUCUGGGAAGAAAUUGGGUGUGGCACACAUCCAACACUGCAGCUCUGCUGGCACAAAGAGGUUAGGUGCGCAUAACAGAACUUCCUCUCCAGACACUUGCAUGCCCUCAAAAUUAGCUGUGAAGAGUUGGUUGACCUUUCAGAGCAAAUCUGGAGGGGGUGCAGGGCAACCUAAGUCUUAUAGCACUAGUGGAACCCUGCUGGUGCAGUACUGGAUACAACACUGUAUGUUUAUUUAGGGGCUUUCUUUUAGCACUUCCAAAAUAAAUUGGAAUAAUGCAGGACACUAGUACACUAACAGAAUAAAGGAACAGACAGUCCCAGUCAGUAUAGCACCCAUGAGAGUGAACAGUCCUUAUGACUAUGUACUUUAAUGGGGGGUUUUUCGAGAAAGCCAACUUUCUAGUUAGGGAAUGCACAGGUGGGGCCCCGGUUGUAUAUUUUUGGGAGAGUAUCUUUUUUAAAAAAGCAUUUCUGAACUGAAUUAAAAUUGUCAGCCCCAUGUUUUAGGAUUAUUUUAGAUAAAAUACCACCACCCUUUCCUGUACUUAGACUGUUUAACUUUUUUCCUCAUAUAAUAAAUGCUUACAGUGGUAUCUGUAUCUAUACCCUUAAGUUAUUCUUAUCUUCCUCUUCAGGUAUUUUCUAAGGAUGAACUCCAGAAGCUGCUGCAGAAGCUAAGGGAGUCUUCCCUCAUGCUUUUGGAUCAAGGUCUUGAUCCUCUUGGAUAUGAAAUCCAGUCUUAGUUCCACCAUUCUAGGUUAUAAAAAUGUUGAACGGUGGCACAAGUAAAUGUAAGGUUGGGCCCAAAGGUUCUCAGACUCCAGGUGAAAGGGGAAGGAAACCUUUGAUUCAACGCACGAAGUUUGGCAUAGAAUUUUUGUUUUAAAGAUGUUGCAGUGCAUUGACACUAGCAAAAUGACUUUCUAUGUAUGUAAAAUGACAAACCGUUUUGACAUUUGUAUUUUUUUCCAAUAAAAUUUGAAAUGACUCGUUUACUAGGAAAUAAGUAUCUUUAGCACAUAAAUGUUCAAAAUGCACUA